GCACGUGCACACCUCUUUUGCGUGACCUCGCCGCACGCGCUCCCCUCAGAGUGAACGCGCACGGCAGCGCGUUGCCGCCUCCCUGCUUGUGGUAGCCCAUGGUACGGACAUGGCUGCUCUCAGCAAAAUACCACACAACUGCUACGAAAUCGGUCACACCUGGGACCCGUCGUGUGUGCAGUCUGCUGCGGACGUAGCCAGGGGUGCUCUGGAGGUCUCCUUCAAAAUAUACGCCCCUCUUUACCUGAUAGCAGCUGUUCUAAGGAGAAGAAAGAAGGAUUACUAUAUAAAAAGGCUUCUCCCAGAGAUCCUGUGGUCUACCUCUUUCCUCACUGCCAAUGGAGGUCUCUACAUUGUUUUCUUCUGCGUCCUCAGGAAACUUCUUGGAGGGUUCUACUCCUGGUCUGCCGGGUUUUGGGCAGCACUGCCAGCAUCCUAUAUUGCCAUCCUCCUGGAGCGUAAGAGCAGGAGAGGGCUGCUGACAAUAUAUAUGACAAAUCUUGCCACUGAGACUUUGUUCCGCAUGGCAGUGACACGAGGCAUCAUCAAACCCAUCAAACAUGGCGAGGUGCUUUUGUUUUGCAUAACUGCAUCACUCUACAUGUUCUUCUUCAGGAGUCAAGAUGGUCUCAAAGGCUUUGCAUUCUCAGCAUUAAAGUUCAUCAUCGGAAAAGAAGAGAUCCCAACUCACUCUCUUGUGGCAGAGCACAUCUACACAAGGCACCCUGAGAGGACAGCUGCUAUAGAGACGGAGGACCCGCAGGCGUCAGCAGAAAGGCCCAGCUCCAGGAGGAAAACUCUAGUAGCCUACACCAGGGAACUGCUAGAAUCAAUAUGCAAGAAGGGUCCAAGACACAGAUGUUGUAAACAUUACCAAGACAACUGCAUUUCCUACUGUGUGAAAGGUUUUGUCAGGAUGUUCAGUGUUGGCUACCUGAUACAGUGUUGUCUUAAAGUGCCUUCAGCGUUCAGGCACAUGUUUACCAAACCCUCACGACUCGCCUCCCUCUUCUACAACAAGGAGAACUUCCAGUUAGGGGCCUUUCUAGGAUCUUUCGUCAGUAUCUACAAGGGAACAAGCUGCUUGCUGCGCUGGCUGCGUAACAUUGAUGACGAGCUCCAUGCACUGAUAGCCGGCUUCCUGGCUGGUAUCUCGAUGUUCUUCUACAAAAGCACGUCAAUAUCCAUGUAUCUCUUCUCAAAGCUGGUGGAGACCAUGUACUUCAAGGGCAUUGAGGCCGGUCACUUCCCUUACUUUCCUCAUGCAGACACGGUCAUAUACGCCAUCUCCACCGCUAUCUGUUUCCAAGCUGCUGUGAUGGAAGUGCAGAACCUCAGGCCUUCAUACUGGAAGUUCCUGUUGCGUUUAACAAAGGGCAGGUUUGCCCUGAUGAACCGACAGUUGCUAGAUGUGUUCGGGACUCAGGCCUCCAGGGACUUUAAAGGCUUCAUGCCCAAACUGGACCCUCGUUUCACCACGGUGCUCCCACCGGGAGCAGACAUCCAACUAGGCUGACUUGGGAGCAGGCUGUAGGAGGGGCUUUUAGGGUUACCUCAACGUGAACAGUUUGGCUGUUCUAUCUGAGUAAUUUAAGGAUUUUUUUAAAAAGGUGUUACGGCAGCUCAGAAGUGGUGGUGUUGUGUAAUGAGAUGGGAUAUGCUUUGGAGGAUUUAAAAGCCUGUGAUCUGUCCAAAGCAGGGCAUCAUGAUUGUUAAGUGUGGUGCUGCACAAAAGCACAUUUACUGGCUGGGAUUGUAUGAAUACAGGUAACCAGUGAAAUAAAUGAAGUGUACUAAUACAAGUAUUUCAAAGUCCUAAUGAAACCCUAAUAGUACUUGCUAAACUCUAAUAAUAAGAAAGCCAUCUAAAUGAUUGAAUCAUUCUGUCAAGUUGUUCAUUUGCGUUGUACAGGUUUACAUUAACCUGCUCUGCAAGAUAUGGAUGGUGAUAGAUAACCUUAUGGGGUCAGCACUUAAAUCACAAAGUAAGCCUAAAAUUGGAUAAUUGGAAAAUAAAAAGGAUUUCGCUUUGGCUGCAACAACAUUCCUUUUAUCCUUUGAUCAUAAAAUUUCUUCAUUUUCCAAGUUACCUGUAGGUUUGUACUGACUGAACUCAGUUUGGUUAUUUCACAACAGAGUGUGAAACUAAAACAGACUCAGUGAUUCCUGAUUUUGACUGUGAUUGAAGAGGAGAAAGAACUUGUGAUCAUUACUGAAUGUGUACUUCUCUAGUGGGUGGAACUGAUAAUAUAUAUUUAAUUAUGUAGCCUUAUUAAUGAGAGAUGUAUUUAGAUUGUGGUCUAUGAUGUAAAACAGAGAGGUGGAAAGUCACCACUUUUAACCAGUUAAUUAAAAUGUUUUGGUUUU